AUUUUGAUACUAUAUAUAUAGACAAAGCCCACCUUCAUUUUUUUUACAUUUUUGCGCGCGAUUCUAUCAUUCACAACAUGGAUAGAAGACCAUCAGGAUUCUCUAAAAUACCAUCAAUCGGUUCACGUUCUGUAUUAAUCGCUGUCGAUGGAUCUGAGCAUUCAAAAAAAGCCUUUCAAUAUUAUUUAAAAUGGAUACAAAGACCUGAUGAUGCAGUGACAAUAUUUCACGCCGUGGAACCAGUUUCUCUACCGACUAUUUCUUUUUCAAAUCCAAUGGGUCUACCAAGUGAUGAAUGGUCAAAUAUUGUACAAAAUAAUUUGAAACGUGUACUUGAACUUGAAAAAGAUUAUAGUGCAGACUGUUUAAGUCAUAAUCUGACAUAUCAAUUCCUAUAUGAACCUGUUGAUCAUAUUGGUUCAGCUAUAAUACAAAAAGCUGAAAAAUAUAAUGCACAUUUAUUGAUUAUUGGAAAUCGUGGACUUGGUGCUAUCAAACGUACAAUUAUGGGCAGUGUAAGUGAUUAUGUUGUACAUCAUGCGAAUACAACUGUUUGUGUUGUCCCGUGCAUAGAUGAAAGUCAAGAAAGUUCAUCAUCAUAAUAAUGAUAAUAUAUCGAUCCGGACAAAUGCUCAUUGUGCUCAAAAACACAAUAAAGUAUGACAUUACUCAUGAAAUUUCUCCAUUGUCAUUGGUAUUUGAGUUUGUUGUCAUUCAAUAGACAGUAUUACAAUGUAGCUGAUGGUCUAUACUUAUUUUAUACAUACAUUUAGUACUCUUUAUAUAUAUAUUGAAAAGAGCACAUGUGCCCAUAAUCUCUAAUUACAUCAUAAUAUUCCAGCAUUCUUUUUAAUUCAGCCUGUGUUUUGUAGAUGUCUCUUAUAUACAUAUAUCUCCUUUUUUGAAAUAAAAAUAAAUCAAUAAUAUAUGAUAGUGAAUUAAAAUGGUAUUGUUUCUUAUGAGUAUUGUAUGUAAUGAGGGUGUUUCGGCCAAUCAAGCUCUCAUCAGUCGAAUGGAAUUGUCAGUUUUAAUGUUUCUUAAAGGAUGUUAGAAUGCGCGUUGAAAAUUUCCUCAGUAUGCAUAGUAGCAUACAUAUAUAUAUACAACAGAAAGUUGUGUAUUCUAUUUCGAAAAAUGAUGAAAGUUUGAAUAAAGCAAGAACAACAACAGUGGUAUGUGCUAAAUAAGAAGAUGAUACCAUCAUUGCUUAUUUCGUUGGCUUCUCAUCA